AUGGAACAAGCUAUCCAGAUUGACUCGAGGUACUUAAAGGAAGGAGACGCUACACGAAUACCACCAGCAUAUGAACUGGCAAGAAGCUAUCUCAGUGACAAUCGUAUUAAGGAGGCGAUUGAACUUUUCAACCAGACAAUCCAGGUGGCUGAACAACAUCUUCGUAGUCAACAUCCAAACCGAAUAGCUUUACAGGAUGGUCUUGGGAGAGCCCUUCUCGCCAAUGGCCAAACCAAGGAAGCACUCGACAUAUUCGAACAAAUUGCCAAAGUGGAGAGAUCAUCCCUCGCCUCGGAUCACCCCGUCAAACUUGCUUCACUGCAUAUUCUUGGCACUGCCUACAACCAAAAUGGCCAGACAAAGGAGGCCAUUGCCAUAUUCGAAGACAUUUUGAGUAUUUCAAGCGUUGAUGAAGAUCAUCCCAACCGACUUGACACACAAAUGGCACUCAGUGUUAGCUAUAUUGCUGAUGGCAAGAUAGAAAAAGCAAUUGCUCUUCUUGAAAAAACCUCCACCAUUCAAGAACGCGUCUUCGAUGAAGCUCAUCCGUCUCGGUUAAUGACUCAGACAGAGCUUGCCAAUGCUUAUGGGAAAAUGGGUGACUUCUCUAAAGCCAUCGACAUUCUCGAGAAAGUCGUUGCCUUACAGGAACUCAAUUUGGACGAAGGGCAUCCGAUCCGACUGGCUGCGCAAUAUGCGCUUGCGCUUGCGUAUCUGAACGCUGGACAAACAAGCACAUCUAUUGCUUUACUGGAAGAAGUGGUUCGACUCGAAGACCUUGCGGUCGAUGAUAACGAACAUCAGCGAGCAGUGUCGAAGCAUGCGCUUGGGAGAGCUUAUCUUUCUGAAGGACAAGUUAAACCUGCGAUUGCACUAUUCGAAGAAGCGAUUGAUGCUUUGUCGCUAACAGCGCCAGAAAGUCAUCCCGAUUUGCUGGCCACCAAACAUGAACUUGGCAGGAGUCUUGUUAUGGAUGGACAUCUCUCUAAAGCUAUUGCUAUAUUUGAGGAGGUCGUGAAAGUGCAAUCCACUAGUUUGGAUGCAACCCAUCCCGAUCAGUUGGCAUCGAAGCGCAUGCUUGGUCUGGCCUAUCUCGAAAACCAUCGUAUCCAAGAAGCGACAGACAUCCUCACCGAGAUUGUAAAUAUCGAGAAGGCGAUUCUGGAUGAAGCCAAUCCUGGACUAUUGGCAUCUCGUCAGGGACUUGCUCGUUGCUACUUGGCCAAUGGCCAAGUUCAAGCCGCUAUUACCUUACUCGAAGAUGUGGACCGAAUCAAAUCGUCCUUACUACCUGCUGAUCAUCUUGACGUGUUGCGUACUAAGCAACAGCUUGCUGCAGCAUAUCUCAAGCAGAAUCAUGCAAAGGAAGCCAUCACCAUCUUGACGGAUAUUUCAGCAAGUUACCCCCAAGAAAACCAUCCAAGCAGACUCGCGGCACGCCACGAGCUCAGCUUGGCAUACAUCAAAGACGGCCAAGCUGAAGAAGGAAUAAAGAUUCUAGAAGAUGUGGUCAAAAACCAGACUCAUCUCGACGAGGGCCACCCCAACAGGCUAGCUUCGCAG